AUGUCUAGAAAGAAAGCCACCUGUCAGCCCAGAUCAGCAAUGAGGGGAGUUGACAAACCUACUCAACCACGGCCAACACACAAGGACCUGGAGGGUCUGGGGGCCAAACUGGAGGAACGAUUUGGGUGGAAGCUGAGGGCCUUUCAGCUCGAGGCUAUUGAGGCACAACUGCUAGGCAAAGAUGUUAUUGUGCAUGCGGGGACAGGAGCCGGAAAGACUGCUAUAGCAGCGGGGCCACAUGUCCUCCCAAUGAUGGAAGGUCGGGUAACAAUCAUGGUCUCCCCGCUGCUGGCAUUACAGAAUGAACAGGUCAACACCUUCAAGAAUGAAUUUAAGCUAGACGCGAUUGCUAUUAACAGCAGUCAUGGGGGAUGUACGCCUGAAGCACUUACCGUAGGAUAUCUUAUCUUCAUCCAUGUAAAGAAACUCGCUGAUAUGUGUCAUCAGCGUGUGAGUGAGGGAAAGCACCAGAUAGUGCUGAUCUCACCUGAAAUGUUGUUGUCAAAGAGAUUUAUAGACGACGUGUUGCGCAAAAAGAGCUUCACGUCGCGAGUCGUCUCUGUUGUGGUUGACGAGGCCCAUGUCGUGUCUCGAUGGGGUGCUGGCUUUCGAAAGAAAUAUGGUGAGCUUGGUAUGGUGCGGGCAUUCCUACCACGAGGAACACCUAUAGUUGCAUUAUCAGCAACCCUUCCGCCACGGAUACACACAGAUGUACUGAACAAACUGCAAUUUCCGAAGGAUGGAUAUACCAACCUUAACGUGGGCAACGAUCGCCCCAAUGUGUCGUUGGUCACUCGAGCGAUUGAACACCCUAUGAAUACCUAUGCGGACCUGGAUUUCGUCAUACCUGGUGACAUUACGGACCCAAAAGACAUACUGAAAACUUUCAUCUACGCUGACAGUGUGUCAAUGGGCAUUGAUAUCGAGGAUCACCUAACAGAGCUCUUACCUGAGAAUCUUCGUGACAAGGGCCUCAUCAGACCCUUCAGCGCAGCAUUCUCCCAUGAGUAUCGGGCCAAGCUUAUGGAUCUUUUCAAUGUCGGUGAAGUCCGGGUAUUAAUCUGCACCGAUGCAGCUGGAAUGGGGUGUAACAUACCAGACAUCGAUGUGGUCGUGCAAUGGAAACUUCCAGACUCAGUGUCUACCUUUGUUCAGCGAGCGGGACGCGCCGCCCGUGCAGAUGGCCAUGAAGGGCUGGCCAUUUUGUUGGCUGAAAAAUCGGCAUAUAUGGUGGACGUCGAGGCCGAACUCAAAUCUAAGGAAAAGGCUGUCAAUCCCAAGGGAGACAAAAGGAAAAAGCAGAUUAACGAGGACUCACAAAAGAAAAAAGCAUCGAAGGCAUAUGCGGUUGCGCAUGGCGUUCUUCGAGGCGCAUUUGGAGGACAAACGGACAGCAUACCCGUUGUCCAGCAACCUCCUCUUGAUACGACCAGUAUGGAUGAAGGUCUCUAUGUGCUAAUCCAGACGACGUCGUGCAGGCGUAAAGUGUUGACACAUAUCUACAACAACGCGCUUGAUCACCCUACCGUGCCAUGUUGCGAUCUCUGCGACCCAUCCCUUCUAAACCGAACACGACCUGGACCCCCUCCGCUAAAAGCGCGGCAAACGGCGACAAAGCAAGGCGAACCAGCACAGUACGUGCAGCAUGAAUUGCACAAAUGGCGUACCCAAGUUUACGAGCGUGACUUCACACACGCGAUGUUCGGUCCCAGUGCAAUCAUGAAAGACGGGACGAUCACGAUGCUCUCGUCUGUUGGCCCUAUUUCCUCAAUCUGUCAGCUUGAAAAGAUACUUGCUGGGCAAUGGCAAUGGUAUGCGACAUACGGAGCUGAGUUACUUGCAUUUUUGAAUACUCUCGAAAUGCCUGACAUGGUGAAGAAGAAAAGAAAAGCAGGCUUAAACACAAAAAAAAGGAAGGAGCAGGACGGAUUGGAGGACGAUGGUGGGAGGGGAAAACGUGCACGAAAACCCACGAUGUCAGCAUCAACGGCAUCAACUUCUCAAGCUGCCAGUGCCACACCAGCGCCAACUUCUCAGGCUGCCACUGCACCAGCGCCAAACCCAGCCGCGCAAACAGCAACUCGACCUCGAGGUACCCCGAACCAAUUUAUGCACUCAGCUACGCCAUCGACGCCGAUACCAACGCGAUUGCAACAGAAUCCUUAUGCUCAUCUGGUGUACACACCACACCAACAAUAUCUCUGGCAACAACCUCACACUCCCAUUGUAUCUUGUUAUCCCAACACUCCCUUCUAUCGGGGAUCGUCGAGCAGUCACUUGGCUAGUUUCUUUCAAGAUACACCACCCAACACCCCGUUAGAGCCAACUGGACAAUAA